GGGCCGGCGGGUAAAGGGUUCUCAGUUCUCAGCUAGGUGGGGGUAGAGGAGGGCAGCUGGGUGAGGGAGCGGUCCUCGGGAAAGGAGCUGGGUGGAGGAGAGGCGCCGAAGGGGACGCGGCAGGGAAGGUCCUGAUGGGGCCGGGGCAUGGCAUGUGAAGAGGGCCACCUAGGACGGGAAAGAGGCCUGGGCAGGACUGGCCGCGGAUCUCACCGGGAGGUCCAGGGUCGUUGAGCAUCUGCCGUGGUCCUGGCUGUUGGCUAGGCGCCCGGGUGACAGAGGACAGAGAGGCUGGGCGAUGGCAUUCACAGAGGUUGGUUGAGGGCUGUCUGUGUAGCAGACGUGGUGCUGUAGUUCCUGCUGGGGGGAGAGCCCUCACAGUACAGGGAAGUCCGUGCUGAGCUGAGGAAGUACGGUGCAUGCGGAGGAGGGGCGCUUCACCCUGUCUUUGCGGCCCUGGGAGGGCUUCCUGGAAGUAACAUCUAAGCCAAACCACCCCCAGGUCGAUAGGAGACAGUCCUGGCAGAGACAGAACACUAGAUCUGCUGGAGAUUUGCUGACAGAACGGGGAACUUUUAACAACAGUCUUUUUGUUUAUUGUGUGUGGUUUCCCCAAUACUUUCUUUUGAAAAUGUUCAGAUGUACAGCAAGAAUUUUAUAGUGGUCAUCUGUAUACCCACCACCUACAUUCUGCCAUUAACUGCUGCUAUACUUGCUGUGUCACAUAACUAUCACGCACUGUUCUAGACAUCCGCGAAUCCAGCCUACAUUUUGAUGCAUCUCCAAAUAAAUUGCAGACAUCAGGACACCUCACUAAAUACUUCAUCGUGCAUAUCAUUGACUAGAGUUUCAUGUGUGUUUACAGUUGCUUUUUUUUUCCUCCCUCAACAACUGUCACUUUAACUACAUGACUCGUGAAGAUUUUCAAGUCCCUCACACAUGAUAUUCCCACAGGCAGAGAUCCUGGGCUUCGGGGUGGGAGGACAAAGACCCUAUUCCACUAGGCCACUCUCCAUGCACCCCAGUUGGCAGGAGUGCCUGGAACAUCUGAUAGAAGCAUCACAAACUUACAGGGUCCAGUGCAGUGCUAAAGCUUCUUGUGUAGCAGAACCACAGCCCAGGCCAUACAGGGUUAAGAAGACUGAAGCAUGCCAGAAACCAGUUUGAGACUGAGAGUUUAGUGCUUGCCAAGAAAAGAGAAUCCUGAGGCUAGAGUAGCCAGAGAAGCCCUCAUGGAGAAGGUGGAGUUUGAGCCAGGAUUUGAAGGAUGUGGAAGAGUUAGGCAGGCAGUAUCCAUGAGUGACCAUGUGUUCUCUCUCUGUCCUUAAAUCAUUUGAAUGCGGUGUGGCUAGGAGUAAGCAGAGUGUGCUGUGGGAAUAUGCAGGGCACUCCCCGUUUUCUUAGCAACAGGCAACAGGACAGGACAUUUCUCACCAUUGGGGAAGGAGCAGGACCUCCACCCAGCAGAAUUGCUGCAUUGUGGCAACAUGGAGCUCUCUGCCUGCUUCCUCCCAGCUGGCCCUUCUGGCCCCACCCAAGAGCCAUCCAGAGCAGGACACUUGGCAAUGCCACACUGCCCUUCAGCUUUCUAGAUUUUCCUCAGCCCUCUGACAGGAGCCUCUGUUCAUCCUUGGUGGUUUGGACUCUACCCACAACAAGAAUGCGGAUUCCUGUUAGGAUGGCUUAAUCCUUGUGCUUCUGCAGGAUCAAAUCUGAGAACCCCCAUGUGGCAUCAGGACCCUCUAAACCCACCCAUAUAGUUCCAUAUGCUGCCCUUCUCAUGCUGGUCUCUUUGCAGAGUGUGCGUGUCCUCUCACUGACAUAGCUGAUUGUCCUCCAGCAUCUUGCAUGAAAUCUUAUUUCCCCAAGAAGGCUGUGUCCCCACACCCUCUGGGGCAGAAUUCACUGCUUCCCCUUCAGGACUCCCUGGAACCCUGUUGUACUUCAUCAUGGGUUGUCAUUGCUAAUUGUGCAGGAGUCUGUCUGCCCAUUCCAUGCUGGGGUCCUGGGGGACAGAAGCCUGUUUGAUUUUUCUUUGUGCCCCAGGACAUCUUACUGUAAAUUAGAGAAUUGGUGUCCGUUGUGUUAAAUGAGCUGGUUCACAAUGAAGUGGUGUCUUCUGCUUCCUGAUCUUGGGCAGCUUCUAGGCCUUAAUAUCAGUUUCUCUGGAAAAAUGGGUAAUUUGUGACUCUUCACACAUGGAGGGGAUGGGAGCACAGUGGUUAAAAUAAAAUCCAAAGCUGUCUUGGAAGUGGCUUUGUAAGUACUGAGAGAGGAAAUGGUUUAUUCUUUCAACACAGAAAAAAUACUUACUUCAUGAACUCUACUGUCCGCCAGGAUCUGGGGACAUAGUGACCAUGGGUUCUCUGUCUGUCCUUAAAUAACUUGACUACAGUACGGCUAAGCAGAGUGUGCUGUGGGAAUAUGCAGGAAGAACACCUGACUCACCUCAGGUGUUCUGAGGUGAACACCUCAGAACUUGGAUCAGUCAAGCCAAGUUAUAGGUGACAUCUGAGGGCUGUUGAAGCCAGUGAGACACAGGGUGAUGGCACUCCUAUCAAAGGGAACAGCUCUGGCAAAGGCCCAGGCAUGAGAGAACAAAGCUAUGCGCCCACAAUAAGAGAAGCCUAGACAGACAAGAAGGUGACAUCUUGGGAGGGUAAAGCAGGAAGUGGAAUAAGUGGAAUAAGUAAGCAGAGGCCAGAUCAUAGAGAACCUGGUGCUGUCUGAGGAUUGCCUGUGACUUCCUGGCAGGAGCUGGUACUCUGUGGGUCCAAAUGGGUCCAGUAAGGACAAAUUACACCAGAUUUAUUUCAUUUUCUUUUUGGGUAAGGCCUCUGGACUGUCUGAUGAGAGGAGAGUGGUGUUUCAGAUACAUGGUGGGCAAAAAUUAUAGGUAGAGUGGUAGUCCAGUUCAGUAGCUUCAUUGCUGGUUUACAGUUCUCUCACAGGACUGUUUAAUGAUUAGUGUCAGGCCAGGCACAGUGGCUAAUGCCUGUAAUUCCAGCACUUGGGGAGGCCAAGGCGGGAGGAUCACUUGAGCUCAGGAGUUCAAGACCAGCCUGGGCAACAUGGUGAAACCUCAUCUCUACAAAAAAUAUGUCGGGCAUGGUGGCAUGUGCCUGUAGUCUCAGCUACUUGGGAGCCUGGGAGGUUUGCAGUGAGCCGAUAUCACGCCACUGCACUCCAGCCUGGACAACAGAGCCAGAUCCUGUUUCAAAAAAAAAAUGAUUGAUGUCUGUCCAGGCAGUGGUUUCCUAGCAGCACCUCCAAGCCCUGUCCCAGGAAACAUUCUUAUCAGUGACGGAUGAGAAUACUAAUGGCAUGUAAACCAAGUUUACAAAUAACAGGAAGGCAGGAGGUACAGUAAAGACAGUGUAUGAUAAGACCCAAAAAAGCUGAAACUUUGUAACAAGAUUUCAAACUGGAAUAUAGUGUCCUGUAGGGUAAUGAGCAAUCCACCAUAGGGUACAUUCCAGUCUUUUUUUUUUUUUUUUUUUUUUUUUGAGAUGGAGUUUUGCUCUUGUUUCCCAGGCUAGAGUGCAAUGGCACGAUCUCGGCUCACCACAACCUCCGCCUGCCAGGUUCAAGCGAUUCUCCUGCCUCAGCCUCCUGAGUAGCUGGGACUGCAGACAUGCGCCACCACACCCAGCUAAUUUUGUAUUUUUAGUAGAGACAGAGUUUCACCAUGUUGGUCAGGCUGGUCUCGAACUCCUGACUUCAGGUGAUCUGCCCCACCUAGGCCUCCCAAAGUGUUGUGAUUACAGGUGUGAGCCACCACGCCUGGCAGAUACAUUCCAGUCUUGACAAACACAGACAUAGGGAUGAUUUAGGUGUCCGAUAGUAGGUUGGACUAGACCAGGAGUUGGCAUACUUUUUCUGUAAAUGGCCAGAAAGUAAAUAUUUUAGGCUUUUCAGGCCAUGCAGUCUCUGUUGCAGCUACUCAACUCUGCCUAAAAUGAAAACAGUCAUAGACAAUAAUUGAAAGAAAGGCUGUGUUUCAAUAAAACUCUAGUUUGCAAAAACAGACAUCUGUCUGGAUUUGGCCUGCAGGCUGUAGUUUGCCAAUCCCUGGAUUAAGGCAUGGUUUCCAAACGCUGAUCACUGAACAGAACUGGUCAGUAACUUUUAACAAUUCAUAGUGAAAUAAGAAAAUUAGAAGCAAGGUAGUGAGUUUUAUAUAAAACUAAAUUUAUUCUCUUUAAUUGAUCAUCCCGACUUUCAGUAUUCUUUCCUGGUCUUUUGCUACUAAAAUACCUUUUUCUUUAUGAAAUGAAGGUAUAGUACGCGGCAGUUUUCAGGUUUGCCUUUGCUUAUUGAUAGCUCUACUGACAACUCAGUCUGCAGAUUUCCUUUUGGAAAUGUUAUAAGCCUAUGAAAUUUAAGCACCUGGGAACCACCAGCGCAGGAGGAUACAAAGUGUGAACUGCAGCCUCUCACUCUCAUGUUCUGUCUCGCUUCUUCCCUACCUCCCGGGCCUGCUGACAGCGGUGGUUGGGGCCGGGAUUGGGGGCUCUGCUGUGGCCCAUUUUCUCCAGCAGCACUUUGGACCUCGGGUGCAGAUCGACGUGUACGAGAAGGGAACCGUGGGUGGCCGCCUGGCCACCAUCUCAGUCAACAAGCAGCACUACGAGAGCGGGGCUGCCUCCUUCCACUCCCUGAGCCUGCACAUGCAGGACUUCGUCAAGCUGCUGGAUGGAGCAACGGAGACAAGAGAGGGGAAGGAACUUGCCUAAGGUUACACAGGCUGAGGCACCGGCGCGAGGUUGUGGGCAGGAGCGCCAUCUUCGGUGGGGAGCACUUCAUGCUGGAGGAGACUGACUGGUACCUGCUGAAUCUUUUCCGCCUCUGGUGGCACUACGGCAUCAGCUUCCUGAGGCUGCAGAUGUGGGUGGAGGAGGUCAUGGAGAAGUUCAUGAGGAUCUACAAGUACCAGGCCCACGGCUAUGCCUUCUCGGGUGUGGAGGAGCUGCUCUACUCACUGGGGGAGUCCACCUUUGUUAACAUGACCCAGCACUCUGUGGCCGAGUCCCUGCUGCAGGUGGGCGUCACGCAGCGCUUUAUUGAUGACGUCGUUUCUGCUGUCCUGCGGGCCAGCUAUGGCCAGUCAGCAGCGAUGCCCGCCUUUGCAGGAGCCAUGUCACUAGCCGGGGCCCAAGGCAGCCUGUGGUCUGUGGAAGGAGGCAAUAAGCUGGUUUGUUCCGGUUUGCUGAAGCUCACCAAGGCCAAUGUGAUCCAUGCCACAGUGACCUCUGUGACCCUGCACAGCACAGAGGGGAAAGCCCUGUACCAGGUGGCAUAUGAGAAUGAGGUAGGCAACAGCUCUGACUUAUAUGACAUCGUGGUCAUCGCCACCCCCCUGCACCUGGACAACAGCAGCAGCAACUUAACCUUUGCAGGCUUCCACCCGCCCAUUGAUGACGUGCAGGGCUCUUUCCAGCCCACCGUCGUCUCCUUGGUCCACGGCUACCUCAACUCUUCCUACUUCGGUUUCCCAGACCCUAAGCUUUUCCCCUUUGCCAACAUCCUCACCACAGAUUUCCCCAGCUUCUUCUGCACUCUGGACAACAUCUGCCCUGUCAACAUCUCUGCCAGCUUCCGGCGAAAGCAGCCCCAGGAGGCAGCUGUUUGGCGAGUCCAGUCCCCCAAGCCCCUCUUUCGGACCCAGCUAAAGACCCUCUUCCGUUCCUAUUACUCAGUGCAGACAGCUGAGUGGCAGGCCCAUCCCCUCUAUGGCUCCCGCCCCACGCUCCCGAGAUUUGCACUCCAUGACCAGCUCUUCUACCUCAAUGCCCUGGAGUGGGCGGCCAGCUCUGUGGAGGUGAUGGCCGUGGCUGCCAAGAAUGUGGCCUUGCUGGCUUACAACCGCUGGUACCAGGACCUAGACAAGAUUGAUCAAAAAGAUUUGAUGCACAAGGUCAAGACUGAACUAUGAGGGCUCUGGGGAGAGCCCGGGAACUUUCAUCCCCCACUGAAGAUGGAUCACCCCACAGCAGCCCAGGACUGAAUAAGCCAUGCUCGCCCACCAGGCUUCUUUCUGACCCCUCAUGUAUCAAGCAUCUCCAGGUGACCUACUGUCUGCCUAUAUUAAGGGUCCACACAGUGGCUGCUGCUUUUUUUUUAAGGGGGAAAGUAAGAAAAGAGAAGGAAAUCCAAGCCAGUAUAUUUGUUUUAUUUAUUUUUUUUAAGAAGAAAAAAGUUCAUCUUCACAAGGUGCUUCAGACUUGGUUUCUUAGCUAGAAACCAGAAGACUACAGGAGGGAAUAUAAGGCAGAGAACUAUGAGUCCUAUUUUAUUACUGUUUUUCACUACCUACUCCCACAAUGGACAAUCAAUUGAGGCAACCUACAAGAAAACAUUUACAACCAGAUGGUUACAAAUAAAGUAGAAGGGAAGAUCAGAAAACCUAAGAAAUGAUCAUAGCUCCUGGUUACUGUGGACUUGCUAGGUUUGAGGUACCUAGUUCAGAACUCCCUAGUCACCAUCUCCAAGCCUGUCAACAUCACUGCAUAUUGGAGGAGAUGACUGUGGUAGGACCCAAGGAAGAGACGUGUGCCUGAACAGUCGUCACCAUAUCUCCAAGCUUCCUGGCAACCAGUGGGAAAAGAGAAACAUGCGAGGCUGUAGGAAGAGGGAAGCUUUUCCUUGGCACCUAGAGGAAUUAGCCAUUCUCUUCCUUAUGCAAAGAUUGAGAAAUGCAAAGAUAUAAAGAAGAGAAGUCCCCAGAUGGUAGAGAGCAGUCAUAUCUCACCCCUAGAUGUUCAUCCCAGCAGAAGAAAAAGAAAAGAAGGUGUUGGGGUAGGAUUCUUCAGAGGUUAGCCUGGUACCUUCUCAUCAGACACUAGCUUGAAGUAAGAGGAGAAUUAUGCUUUUCUUUGCUUUUUCUACAAACCCUUAAAAAUCACUUGUUUUAAAAAGAAAGUAAAAGCCCUUUUCAUUC